GGACUGAGUUCAGUUCCGUUUUUCAGUGUUAUUUCAACCCUUUAUGAUCCUUUUAUACAAAAGCCGCCCCCCGUUUUCCGUUUCGAAUUUUCAUCUCGUUCGCGUGGUUUUUCGUCGGUGUACCAUGGACGAUGGGUUUUCCUGAAAAGCGACGAAAAUUGUGAUAACGAUGUUACGAGUAACAAUAAGUGCGUACAAUCACUGGAAGAAAACAAAGAAAAUGUUCACUUAAAUUCCAAUUGUGUCUUAGUACAAAAAGAUAACGAAACUCUGCCAAUUGUCGAACCACUCGAUAUAACUAGUAAAAAUGAUUGUAACGAAGUAUCAUUAGAAGAAAAAAAACAAGCUUUCAUUAAUAAACUUGUUAGCUCAGAGAUUCCACUUACUGAUAGAUCGGAUGAUUGCGUUAAAAGUGCGAUGCUGCGGUUUGGCGAAUACAGCCCGAACAAUCCGCAAUUGAGAGUCACUGCCGCGCCGUAUCUGGGUCUGGGGGAAUAUGAGCAGAGGAGAAAUUAUUUCUUGCAGAAACAGAGGGCUGAUUAUUUGACACAUCUGGCUAAGCUUCAAUAUGAUUUGCAAGGUCAAAGACUUGAAGAGAAGGAGUUGAGUACCAGUUCGCUUAGCGAGGAUCAUUACGCGAGGAUUAAUCGAAACUUAUCGUCGAAAUUUAGAGUAGACCAGAGAUUAACCAGCGCUCAAAAUGCCUUAUUGAAGUGUGACAUGGAAAAGCCGAAAAGCAUUUUGUCUAAUAGAAAAUCGGGUAGUCCUAGAGAGCGAUUGUUAUCGGACCUGUACAGUUCGAGUUUCACGGACGGCUUCGUCUACCGCGAAUCCAGAUCGGACGAACUCGAAAGGGAGCGCCUGAAGCGCGAGCACUAUCAACGCGAGCUGCGCAACCAGAUCGAGGAGAAGAGGAUGCUGCAGCAGUUGCGCGACGAGCAGGAGAUGCGCGAGCGCGAGCUCGAGAACAAGCGGCUCGAGCAGCAGCUGCUCAGGAUGCAGGAGGAGCGCCUGGUGGAGGAUCAAUUGAGGGAGCACCGACAGGAGCAGAUGCGAAGGCACAGCGAGGAUUUGUUGAGGCGCAAACAGGACCUGCAAUCGACUAGGUACGGCUUCCGAAAACACACGAAUUCCGAAUGCAGCAUUCGCAAUAAUCCUACAGACGUAUCUUCCAAAUCGCUGGCGCAUUAUUCGCCGCCGAUUUCUAGACGUAAUCCGUAUUCGUUGAACGUUCCAUCCACAUCUGUGUUCUCAGACUCAUCGUCAAGAUACGCUCCGAGUCGUUUCGAGUGUUUCAGUCGAAGGGAUACCGUGAAACGUAUGGAUUCGUUGAAUUCGUACGAGCUGCCCGGCAGGCAUCAGGCGUUCAGCCGCUUCGAUUCGUUGAGCCGCAUCGAUUCGCUGGCCAGCCGAAUGGAGGUGCUGAGCCUGCGCGACGGCUACAACGGCGAAAGGAGGCACAGCGCCACCCAUCAGGACUUCAGUUUGCUCAGAAGGAGUCCGAGGUUGCAGAGGAGGAGCAGUUCCGGUCGAUUCGAGGAUCCCUUGCCGGUUCCAGUAUUAAAAGCACAUUCCCCGGUUGCCAAAGAAUUGAAAAAUUCCAUUCCGUACAGUUCGAGGCAAAGUUCGGAUGCUAUUAGACGACUAGAAGACAGGUGGCAGAUCCCCGCCGUUCAAAAAAAUAUCCUGAAUCAUACGGAUUCUUCGCCGCUAGGUGGCCAAAACCGAAGUAUAUUAACUCAGCUUGGGGCGAUUCGAAUGCAGCUUCAGCAAGAACAGCUGCGGAUGGACGAAUCUUUGAGGAGACGAGAUAUUUCACAAUCUAAGGCUGUUGAUUUUCUUUGA